CCUUCUUCUUCUUCUUGGGCCUUGUCUGUGUACUUUCUCUUCUGACAGGAAAAAUAAUGGCAGUUAAAGGCAAAAACUAUGGCUUCCUUAUCUGCAUAUUUGUCAUCAUCGUGGAUGUUGUUGCUGGCAUUCUUGGAAUUCAAGCAGAAAUUGCUCAGAGCAAGGUAAAGCAUGUAAGGAUGUCAGUAGUAGAGUGUAGAGAUCCAAGUAUGAAAGCCUUCCAACUAGGGUUGGCUGCAGCAAUUCUGUUGGGUGUUGCUCAUCUUAUUGCAAACUUGCUGGGUGGCUGCAUUUGUAUUUGGAACAGACAGCAGUAUAUGAGAGCCUCUGCCAACAAGCAAUUAGGAAUGGCUUUCCUCAUUUUCUCAUGGGUGACAAUGGGAGUGGCAUUGUCAAUUCUGAUAAUGGGGACAUUGGCAAACUCAGAGACAAGAUCAAGAGCACAAUGUACCAUCUCAACUCAUCGUUUCUUGUCCAUUGGCGGCAUCUUGUGUUUCGUCCAUGGCCUCUUCACCGUUUCCUAUUAUGUCUCCGCCGCCGCCGCCGCCAGAGAAGAUCAAAGACUACCAGCCACAACAACAAACCGCUAGAUAUAUAUACACACACGCACACACACUCAUCAUACAUAUAUACACGCACACAUACUCCAACCUCUUGUAUGUACUAUAUGUAUUCUGCUUCAUAGUUCAUGACUUUUCCAUUGUAAAAUUAAUUCACAUUUUCAUCUCAAAUAUUACUUCAACUUUUUCCCUCCCCUGUUCUACUGCCAACAAGGCAAGAAUUUAU